UCUCGACUUAGAACAGUCAGCUCACUACCCACCUCACUGGUUCACUUCCCCCACAAAGCCCGCCCUUAUCACUUCCUCGGAGUCCCCGAAUCAUCCCCCUUUCUCUCCAUCUCUCUCUCUCUCUCUCUCUCUGCAACCUCCGAUUGGCGGAUUUUCAAGAACCGAAUUUUUUUCUCCCAUGGCUCGCUGCUAAUUCUCGCACCCAUUUCGGAAGCCCGCCCCUCCAGACGAUGCUCUCCAGGAGCUGCUGCUCCGCCGCCGCGAAGCCCGCCGCCUUCCUCCUCGUCCGCCAGGACCUCCCCGCCGCCCUCCCAUGGCGGUCGAGCCUCCCGCUCCGGGGCCGCCGCGACCGCCGCGUCUGGCAGAUCUCGCGGCCCCGGACCUCCGUCUCGGAGCGGGAUUCGCCCGCCGCGCCGGACGGCCCGACCAGGGUCCGGCUCGGCCGCCGGGAUAGGGGCUCCUCCUCCUCCUCCUCCUCCUCGUCCCUGUACAGCCGCCCCAGCCUGGCGGAGAUGAAGAGCGCGCGGCUGGAGAACCGCGCUAGGGUUUACGAGUUCCUCCGCGGGGUCGGGAUCGUCCCCGACGAGCUCGACGGGCUGGAGCUUCCCGUCACGGUCGAGGUCAUAAAGGAGCGGGUCGAUUUUCUCCACAAUCUGGGGCUCACGAUCGAGGACAUCAAUAACUACCCUCUCGUCCUCGGUUGCAGCGUCAAGAAGAACAUGAUUCCGGUGCUCGAUUACCUCGGCAAGCUAGGCGUCCGGAGGUCGACGUUGGUGGAGCUCCUGAGGAGGUAUCCCCAGGUUCUUCACGCGAGCGUCGUGGUCGACCUCGCUCCGGUGGUCAAGUACCUUCAAGGUAUGGACAUUAAGCCGAACGACGUUCCUCGCGUCCUUGAGAAGUACCCGGAAGUUCUGGGGUUUAAGCUUGAGGGGACCAUGAGUACUUCGGUUGCUUACUUGAUCGGGAUUGGGAUUGGUAGGAGAGAGAUUGGGGGAGUUUUGACUAGAUAUCCGGAGAUUUUGGGGAUGCGAGUGGGCCGCGUGAUAAAGCCCUUUGUUGAGUAUCUUGAAUACUUGGGCGUUCCGAGAUUAGCUGUGGCUAGAUUGAUAGAGAAGAGUCCUCACGUACUUGGGUUCGGUUUAGAUGACACGGUGAUUCCCAAUGUGGAGUUGCUGUUAGAAUUUCAUGUCCGGAGGACAUUGGUUCCCUCAGUUGUGGUGCAGUAUCCUGAGAUUAUAGGGACUGAUUUGAAGCCUAAGCUUCUGAAUCAGCGGUCUUUGAUUAGUUCGAUUACUGAGCUGAGUGAUGAAGAAUUCGGCAGAGUUGUUGAGAGGAUGCCGCAGGUUGUCAGCCUCAGCAGUACUGCUGUCGUGAAGCAUGUGGACUUUCUCAAAGAUUGUGGAUUUUCGUUGCAACAAGUUAAGGAUAUGGUUGUUGGGUGUCCUCAACUGCUAGCCUUGAAUAUAGAUAUAAUGAAGCUCAGUUUUGAUUACUUUAGAAAAGAAAUGGAAAGGCCUUUGGAGGACUUGGUCACUUUCCCAUUUUUCACUUAUAGUCUCGAAUCCACUGUAAAACCACGGCACAGAAGGAUUGCUAAGAAGGGUUUAAAAUGUUCUCUUGCCUGGCUUCUCAACUGUUCCGAUGAGAAGUUCAAGGAAAGGAUGGAUUAUGACAGUAUCGAUCUGGAAGAAAUGGAUGCAUUGCCAUCGUUCGAUAUGAAUACAUUUAUGAAACAUAGGAGUGAUGAUGAUGAAUCGGAGUCUGACUAUGAUGAUGAGGAUGAUGAGGAGUUUGUCUGAUACAAUGUUAAAUUUAGGUGGUUAUCUGGAGGAAAAAGCUGGAGAUCUUCUCCUCCUUAACUCUUCUGAGUUGGACCUAUUCAAGCAAGAUAUGGCUACUCGCUCCAUGUUGUCAUCUUUAGUUUCGCUAUUACAAGUGAAGAAAUUGCGGCAGCGGGAAUGGACACCACAGAUCAAAAGACUGUGCACAAGAUUCUCUUCCAGCCUAUGUUGGUCGUCAUAGAGACGAGCAUUGUAACUGUGCAUAUUUUGAAAUUGACAGCUGCUUUGAAUGUACUACUGCUUAAGAGGCCCUUGGCUUGACUUUAAAGGUCAUUUAGUAACAUUCAUCAUUCAUGUAUUGCUCAAUUUUUCCAUAGUCUGGGUGCUGAAUGUCGUUUUGAGGAGCUAACUAUUGGCUCUUUUACAUGUA